AUGCAGGUGAUUGCAUUGUGUUUGGACGUUCCGUGCGUCGGCAAUUCUCGCAGGUGCGGUAGAACCUCGCGCUCUGUCCACCGCACAAUAUUCUCUGGCCGGAUUCUACCAGCCGCGAGCGUCUUCAGUUUGUUUGCUUUUUUUUUCUUUUUGUGCGGUAAACGAGACUGCAAGGCGUCUGCGCUAAGCGGGGAGCGGAAACGCAGGUUGAGCCUUGCGGCGGUGUUUGUUUGGGGAGUCCCAUUAGUGCUGUUGGAAGGACCCACCGUUGGCAUGGCCCCGGUUGCGUGUCGAGGUGUGUGGACGUCGAUUAGGGCCAUCGUCACGAAGUGCCCCGGACUGCUCAUAACGCACCACCUGGACGGGGUCGAGGCGCUGGCCGGCUGCGUUUCCAUCGUGGCGGAGAUGUCCCUCCGCAUCCACGGCGCCUUUUUCUGCCCCACGGUGGAGCGCCUCGUGUAA